CCUCACAACAAGACGUACCGGCGUUUGUUUUAGAUGUUGUAACUCUGACAUGAAUGAUUGGAAGAGACCUAGGAUGGAGCCAUCUUGACACGAAGUUCAAAUCUCAGAUAGUCUGAACAGCUGUGUCUCAAACAUGCUCUCGGGACUUGCUGCUGCACGCCACUCUCUGAAGUGGACCACCCCUCACUGGAAAACUACUCUUAAUAGAACUUAUUGGCCUUCAGAGCCAAGGCAGUGGCUGCUGAGAGCUGUAGUCUGGAGGAAAGCUCAUAGAUGGACGAAAGAACCGUCAUCAAGGAUAAACCAGAAGCCAGUCUUUGCCAGAGCUCCAGCUUUUGGAGAUAAGCUAGCUAUCAUAGACAGUAGCGGCAGCCACAGCUACAAGCAGCUGUACGGCAGCAGCUUAGGCCUUGCCGGAAGAAUCAACACUGCUCUCAGCUCUGACUUUGGGGGUCUGGAAGGAAAACGAAUCACCUUCCUAUGUGCUAAUGAUGCUUCCUAUACAGUGGCACAAUGGGCAGCUUGGAUGAGUGGCGGGACGGCGGUGCCACUCUAUCGAAAACACCCACCAGCUGAACUGGAGUACAUCAUCUCUGACUCCCAGAGUUCACUGCUGGUGGCAGGGCAUCCUUACGCUGAAACCUUGGAGCCACUGGCACAGAAACUGGGGUUGCCAUGUCUCACACUGCCCCCUACCUCAAACCUGGACACUUUGAAUGGGGCGGAGACACAAGAGAAGGAGGUGACCAUCACAGACUGGGCUGAGCGACCAGCGAUGAUCAUCUACACCAGCGGUACCACAGGGAGACCCAAGGGAGUUCUGCAUACACACAACAGCAUCCAAGCCAUGAUCCAGUGUCUGGUUUCAGAGUGGGCGUGGUCCAGGGAUGACGUCAUCCUCCACACUUUGCCGCUCCACCACGUGCACGGCAUUGUCAACAAGCUGCUGUGCCCGCUCUGGGUUGGCGCCACCUGCAUUAUGCUGCCUGAAUUCCAGUCUCAUAAGGUGUGGGAGAUGCUGUUGAGCUCCAAGUCUCCCCUGGUUAAUGUGUUCAUGGCCGUGCCCACUAUCUACUCUAAGCUGAUACAGUACUAUGAUCAGCACUUCACACAGCCUCAUGUCAAAGACUUUGUCAAAGCGGUCUGCAAAGAAAGGAUCAGGCUCAUGGUUUCAGGCUCAGCUGCUCUCCCUCUGCCCACUCUGCAACGCUGGGAAGAGAUUACAGGACACACACUGCUGGAACGCUACGGCAUGACUGAGAUCGGCAUGGCACUGUCCAACCCUCUGAGGGGCCCACGCAUCCCAGGGGCUGUAGGGUUGCCACUACCUGGUGUGGACGUUCGGAUUGUUAUGAAUAACAUGACCAAUACCACUAUUGUGGAGGGAAACCACAGAGACACUCAGGUACGUCCAGGUCUGGAGGGGAAGGAAGGGGAGCUCCUGGUUCGAGGUCCGUCCGUCUUUAAGGAGUACUGGAAUAAACCUCAGGAGACCAGAGAGGCUUUCACUGAUGACGGCUGGUUCAAAACAGGAGAUACAGCGACCUUUAAAGAUGGUGUGUAUUGGAUCUUGGGCCGCACCAGUGUUGACAUCAUCAAGAGUGGAGGCUACAAGAUCAGCGCGCUGGAAGUGGAGCGUCACCUGCUGAGUCAUCCAGACAUCACAGAUGUUGCUGUGAUCGGGGCCCCAGAUGCCACAUGGGGCCAAAAGGUCACUGCAGUGGUGCAGCUGAAGAGGGGGCAGAGUUUGACCUUGCCUCAGUUGAAGACCUGGGCUAGGGAGCACAUGGCGCCCUACACCAUCCCCACAGGCCUGGUGCUGGUGGAAGAGAUGCCAAGGAAUCAGAUGGGCAAGGUCAACAAGAAGGACCUCCUGCGACACUUUUUCUCAUGACUGGACCACUUCUCUAUACAGGUUCCUGGUUGAAGAAAAAAAGAUGUACGUCACCUCUUGACUGUCCCCAUCUGGUCCUUAGAUCAGACAAUACAUCACAAGUAUAGAGAGGGAACACAAAGUAAUGAAUAAACACCUUGUGGAAAAUGACUUCCCUUCUCAGGAAACUUAAUCACAACUACAAACACUGCUACAAAGGUAAUUCUAUUACUUUGAAUACCAAUUAUGCCAAGCAUUGUUUAUUAGCUAUGAGAGGGCUGGAAAUCAUCCCUUUGAUAUAUAAUUUACCAUGUAACCAUGGUCUUGAGUCAGUAAAUUCUCAAUCUAAAACAAAAUAGCACAAAUGUGUGCUCAAUUUCCAGAUUUAUUCAAUAACAAAAAAGUAAGAAAAUUAGAAUUAUAUAUAAUACCACUUACCUCUGAAUUUUGACAAUAUGGCAAACAAACUGAAUCAAAAAC